AUGCCUUUCAAGUCACUCAGCCACAAGGACUAUACUGUAGCAUGGAUCUGUGCGCUACCGAAAGAGCGAGCAGCAGCCCAUGCUAUGCUGGAUGAAGAACAUGAAUCCCUUUCGCAACCUGACCGCGAUCAGAACACUUAUACCCUUGGGUCUAUCGGCAACCACAAUAUUGUUAUAGCCUGUCUUCCCAGUGGUGAUAUUGGGAAUAAUGCGGCGGCAAAUACUGUCACCCAGAUGAUCAAUACAUUCCCAUCCAUCAAGUUUGGUCUUAUGGUUGGGAUUGGUGCUGGUAUCCCCUCUCGGGUCAGGCUUGGUGAUAUUGUUGUGAGCAAGCCAAGUGGAACAUUCACGGGAGUUGUUCAGUGGGAUCUCGGAAAAUCGGAAAAGCCCGGAUUUAAGAGGACUGGAGCAUUGGAUCGCCCCCCGAAAGUCCUCCUCACAGCCUUGGCUAAGCUGGAGGCUUUUCAUGAUAUGCACGAUUCUCAGAUUCCCAAGUAUCUGCAAGAUAUGGCAGACAAGUAUCCUAAGUUGGUGGCUAAAUAUACAUGGUCCCCUCGACUGAGAGACCCAAUGCUCGAACUAGACAUACCAAAAGCAAAUCUAGGUAUGGAUAUUCACUAUGGAUUGAUUGCAUCUGGAAACCAGGUUAUCAAGAAUGGUAUCAUCCGAGAUCAGAUCAACCAGAGUCUGGGAGGCGAGGUUCUAUGUAUUGAGAUGGAAGCAGCAGGGUUAAUGAAUAAUUUCCCAUGCAUUAUUAUCAGAGGAAUCUGUGAUUAUGCAGAUGAACAAAAGAACAAUGAUUGGCAGGAAUAUGCUGCUGCUAUAGCGGCGGGAUUCACAAAGGAGUUUCUGCAGCAUGUACGCUCAGCAGACGUUGAUAGCGAGCGUCCUGUGAAGGAUGUCUUACAGAAAGGUUGGCCUACUUCCCAGUUUCAAGAGGGCGUGUCUGAUAUCCAGCGGCUUAUGGAUAAAGUUGAAGUGAGGAAGAUACUCGACUGGCUAACAACAGCGAAUUAUGGCCAGCAGCAUGAUAUGCAUUCGGCAACUCAUAAGGAAGGAACUGGCCGGUGGAUUCUUGAGACAGAUGAAUUCCAAUUCUGGUUUAAAAAUAGCAAGCAGAAAUUGCUAUGUCGAGGGAUGCCAGGAGCGGGAAAAACGAUCAUAACAUCAGUUGUAAUCGACUACUUGGUGGACAUGUCCAAGAGAGAUUCUGGAAUUGGCCUCGCUUAUAUUUAUUGCAGUUUCAAGCAACCAAAAAGCGAGCAGACAAUACAGAAUCUUCUUUCUAGCGUCCUAAAGCAGCUCGCGAGCGAUCGUCAGCCAUUCCCGGCUACCACGAGAAGGCUAUAUGAGCAACACCAAGCAAAGCAGACACAUGCGUCACAAGAGCAGCUUAUUUCAGAACUGGAGACUGUGAUAGGGCUUUAUUCACAUGUAUAUGUGAUUAUUGACGCUCUUGAUGAAUGCGACUUCAAACCAAUGCAUAGCUUUAUUGCCGAAAUCUUCAAUCUCCAGCAACAUUGCAACCUGAAUAUCUUUGCAACAUCGAGAUCCAUACCCGAAAUCACAAAGUGGUUUUCAAUAGUUGAAAGUUCAUUUCUAGAAAUCAGGGCGCGCCCAAGAGACAUCGCCACGUACCUGGAGGAUGAAAUGAAACAGUCUUCGACAAGUCUUAUUAAAAAUAACCUGAGUCUGCAGGAAGAUAUAAAACAAGAAAUUUCUCAAGCAGCUGAUGGGAUGUUUCUUCUAGCUCAAAUCUAUCUCAACUUGCUGCAAGACAAAAUAAACGUGAAGGAAAUUCGUGAAGAGUUGCAUGCUUUUAGGAGCGAUGCCCUAGGCCGAAAUGACGACGAAAAGAUAAAUGCGUUAACCCACGCAUACGACAAGGUCAUUAACAGGAUAAAUGAGCAGAGUGUGCAGAUGAAAGACUUUGCAAUGAAAGUAUUAUUAUGGGUUACUUUUGCAAAACGAGCUCUGACUACAUCCGAACUUCGGCACGGCUUGGCAACAAAGCAAGGAAUGAACGACUUGGAUCAUGAAGAUCUCCCAGACCUUGGUGAUAUAGGCCGUGUAUGUGUCGGCUUGGUGUCAGUUGAUCAGAAGAGCGGCAUCAUUCAACUGGUGCACUAUACGGCGCAAAAAUAUUUCGAGAACACGCAAUCACGUUGGUUUCCUGGGGCGGAUUCUGUUCUACUGGGAGCUUGCAUCACCUACCUCUCAUUCGAAGGCUUUGAAAGUGGCUUCUGCCAAUCGGACUCCGAGUUCGAAGAACGACAAACCAAGUAUCCCUUGUGUAACUACGCCGCUAGUAAUUGGGGGAACCAUGCGACGAAGGAUGAGAAGCCAAGCAAAGAAGUACUAGAAUUUCUCAAGAGUCCGGCUAAGGUUGAAGCGUCAGUCCAAGCACAGCUGGCCGUGAAGCAAUAUUCCUCUCACGCGGGUUAUAGUCAAGAGGUACCCAGGCGUGUAACCGCAUUGCACUUGGCAGCUCACUUUGGAUUGACUGAGCUGACAAGAGUUCUCCUCGAGGAUAAAUACAAAUACGGACCCAACUCUCGCGACAGUUACGAUCAGACACCUUUGUUGUGGGCCACCCGAAACGGCCAUGAAGAUGCUAUAAGCUUGUUACUAGAUGUACAAGCGGCUAUUGAAGUCAGAGACAGAGAACAAGGCGCUACGCCACUCAUUUGGGCUGCUCGAAACGGCUAUGUGAAUGUGGUUCGUCUUCUUAUAGAAAGAGGCGGUGACGUGAAUGCAAAGGACAAUUCUGAACGAACGCCACUAUCGCUCGCCGCCUUGUACAAACAUAAAGAUGGAGAGCAUAAAGAGACGCCGCUGAUAUGGGCUGCCAGAAAGGGCCAUAAAACCAUUGUCAAAAUGCUCUUGGACGCUGGUGCCGAUGUUAAUGUGAAAGAACAACACCUGGGAGAAACAGCACUAACACUGGCUAUUGAAAGCGGACAUGAAGAAACGAUUCAGGCUCUCCUGGACAAUGGGGCCAACAUUCAUCACAGGGAUCAUUUCGAUCAUACGCCCCUCUUCACUGCUACCUGGCAAGACAGCGAGAGUGUAAUGCAACUGCUUCUCGACAGGGGCGCUGAUGUGAGCGCGAGGAAUGAAGACGGUCAGACUCCCAUUUUCAACACCUGCGCAUUUGGGAAUGUGGAAUUAGUUAAGCUGCUGCUUGAUGCGGGCGCAGAUAUAGAUGUCAUGGAUGAAGAAGGCCGAACUCCUUUAUUCUUUGCAGCCGCUUUAGGUCAUCGAGAGGUUGUAUCACUACUACUCCAGAGAGACAUUGACGUCAAUUUGAGAGACAAAAAGGGUCGGACUGCUUUAUUCUCUGCCAUCGGAUCCGGCGAAAAAGACGUCGUGAAUCUGCUGCUGGGCACAAAUAGGGUGGAUAUUUACCAGGCAGAUGAACAUGGGACGAUGCCAAUUGAUUGGGCCAAGGAAAGAGGGAAUAGGGAUAUAAUCCAGUUGCUUCACCAUCAAAUGGGUUCGAGCCAGGUAGAAUGA